AUGGGUUCACUCAAGGCAUCCAACAUCCUGAUCUUUGGAGCCACUGGCUUCAUCGGCACUUUCAUCACCGAGAAGGUCAUCGCGGCACAGCCCGCCUUCAACCACAUCACCAUCUUCACGUCAACCAACACGGUCAACACCAAGGGCGAGCUCCUGGACAAGUGGAAGGAGGCCGGCAACGUGACCGUCAUCACCGGCGACGUCGACUCCGAGGCCGAUGUGAGCGCGGCGUACAGGGACCACAAGAUCGACACGGUCAUCAGCGCCUUCGGGCGCGGCGCCAUCGCCAAGCAGGUCGAGCUGCUCAGGUGGGCCGACAAGCUGGGGACGGUCAAGUGGUUCUUCCCGUCCGAGUACGGCACCGACAUCGAGCACGGCCCGCAGAGCAAGGACGAGAAGCCGCACCAGCAGAAGCUCAAGGUGCGCAAGUUCAUCAGGGAGGAGGUCAGGAACGUGCAGGUUACCUAUGUCGUGACGGGCCCUUACUUUGAGUCGUGGGUCGGGCGCCCUGAGGGCAUCGACCUCGGGACUGGGUUCGACGUGCCAAGGAAGGAGGCGUGGCUGGUCGAGGCGGACGGCAGGAUUGGGUUCACGACAAUGCCCGACGUUGGCAAACUGGUGGUCGCAGCCCUGCAGCACCCCGACGCCGCAGCUGGCAAGGCGCUCAAGGUGAACUCGUUCGAGGUGACACCAAACCAGGUGCUUGCAGAGUACGAGAAGCAGACGGGGGCCAAGUGGAAGGUCAACCACAUCAGCCUCGACCAGUUCAGGCAGGAGGAGAAAAAGCGCUGGGAGGAGGGUCAUGCAAAGGCCACCGUCCUCACCCUGAGGCGAAUCUGGGCAGAAGGAGGAACCCUCUACGACAAGACCGACAACGAGGCCAUCGGGGUGAAGCCUGGGGACACGGAGUCUUUGGAGGCUAUCCUGAAGAGGGUCCUUGGGGGGCAGUAA